UUCCGUGAUGACGUAAGGCGGAAGUCCUCCAUCGUCGGCUCGUAAAGGCAGAAGGACAGCAGCUCCGGGAGGACGAGAGGCGUUUCUGAGCGGCGGUAAGCAACAUAACAACAGCAACGAUGGAUCGAAUCAGGUCUGCGUUAAACAGCGUGAUAAAGAACGAGCGGUACAGCAGGUUCACUCUGCAGCCGGCGGAGGACGGAGAGAGACACGUCGAGGUCAAACUGUCCGAUGAUGCCACGGAUGACGCCACGGAGGCCGAGGGUCAGGCGGGGGGGUCUCUGAGCUUCAGGCCAGCACUACCGUAUCAAAACCGGCGUAACCUUUGCUACCUGAUCCUGGGAACUCUGCUGAUAUUUGUCACAGGCUACCUGAUUGGCUAUGUCAGCCACCGUAAACCUCAGACGACGACGUUGAACUGUGAUGCUGGAGUUGAGCUGGAAGCGCAAAAUCAGCAGGACGCAACUCAAGCUGUCGUAGCACCGGUUUCUGACCCUCAGCUCAACUGGAAGGACGUCACCAAACUCCUGAAGCAGAAACUCACCAGCCAGGGCUUUGAAAAAAUUCUGAGGGACUUCGAUAUGCCCCGACGUUCUGCAGGAAGUGAGGAAGAUAAGAGUCUGGCAAACCGCAUCUACGGGGAAUUCAGGAAACAAGAUAUGGCUCCCUGGACGGACAUCCACUAUGUUCAGCUGCAGAUGCCAGACAGCGAGCUUCCAAAUCAGGUCCUUUUUGGUUCAGAUGUCUUCAAGCCAACAGGUUAUCUAGCCUACAGUGCACCUGGGAAAGUUCAGGGGAAGCUGGUGUACGGUAACUACGGCCGUCAGGAGGACCUGGAUGUUCUGCAGAAGAAGAACGUUGAGCUGAAAGGCAGCGUGAUGCUGCUCCGAACUGGAAAGAUCAGUUUUGCCGAGCAGGUGGAUAAUGCUGCCACAAAGGGCGCCUCUGCUGUUCUCAUCUACCCCGACGUUGAAGAUUACAAGUAUCUAGCGAACACGCCGCUCUACGGACACGUCCAUCUGGGUUCUGGUGACCCUUACACUCCCGGGUUCCCCUCCUUCAACCACACCCAGUUCCCCCCAACUCAGUCGUCUGGCCUCCCUAAAAUCCCAGCACAGACCAUCACCGCCAACAUGGCUUCAACUCUUCUACAGAAUAUCGGCGGUCCUGAAUCAGACGAGAGUUUUAAAGGCGGAUUGACGAGACUGACAUACAGACUGGGAGGCAUCGAGAACGUCACGGUGGAGGUGAACAACGUUCUGGUCAACAAGGAGAUCCACAACGUGUUCGGAGUCAUCAAAGGAUUCACUGAUCCUGAUCGUUACGUUGUGCUGGGAGCUCAGAGAGACGCCUGGGGGAAAGGAUACGCCAAGGCGACUGUCGGUACCUCCGUUCUGUUAGAGCUGGCCAAGGCUGUUAAAGAGAUGGUGGAGAAAGAUGGUUUCAGGCCCAAGAGAAGUCUGGUGUUUGCCAGCUGGAGUGCUGGAGAGUAUGGAAGUGUUGGCGCCACCGAGUGGUUAGAGGGCUACAUGUCCUCUAUUGACAGAAGUGUCAUCACCUACAUCAGCCUGGAUGGAGUGGUCAUGGGUCGUGGGAGCUUUAUGGCCUCGGCGAGUCCGCUGCUCUACAGCCUCCUGGAGAACACCAUGAAGGAGGUGCAGAGUCCUCUUGGUUCUGGAACAAUGUAUGACAUGAUGGGAGCGAUUAACUGGCAGAACAAUGCACUGAGGCCGAUGUCAAUGGACGACCCUUCAUAUCCCUUCCUGGCUUUCUCUGGGAUUCCCGCUGUCUCUUUCCACUUCAUAUCACCCAACAUUGAGGCCUACACUUACUACGGCACCAACCUGGACAGCAUGGAUCACCUCAACUACCAAACCAACCAUCACACCAGUGAGAUGACGGCGGUGGCGGCGCAGUUUGCCGGCCAGAUGGCUCUGCGACUGAUCCACGACCGCCUGCUCAACCUGGACGUGAGUCGUUACAGCAGCGUCAUCGACAGUGCCGUGGGGCGGGUCUACAGACGAAUCAGCCAGCUCAAAUGGUCUGGUCAGCUGAAGGAAGUGAAUUCUAAUUGGCUGAAUGGAGCACGCGGCUCCUUCCAGCGAGCUGCCGAAGCCCUGAACAUCGCCAUCACCAACACCGACUUAAACGACAAGGAGGCCUGUCGGAUCCUCAACGACAGGAUCUUGAGGGUGGAGCACACCCUCCUCUCUCCAUUCGUGUCUCCCGUUGAGACCCCCUUCCGUCACCUCCUGCUGGGCCGAGGCUCCCACACGCUGGCAUCCAUCGCCGAGACCACCGACAUGGAGCAGCUCCACACCCAGCUGGCCCUGGCCACCUCGAGCCUGCAGGGAUGUGCCAACGCCAUGGUGGGAGACAUCUGGGACAUCAAUUAAGAAAUCUGAAGAAGGGAGGACGGGGGAGGUGUGAGCGUGGGUGUCCUGUGUGUGUUUGUGUGUGUGUGUGUGUGUGUGUGUGUGUGUGUGUGUGUGUGUGUGUGUGUGUGUGUGUGUGUGUGUGUGUGCGUCAAUGAUGCGAAAUGUGAGGUAGAGCAGAGGGAGGAGCUCCAAUAUCAGCACUAAAGCACAAGCUGUCAAUCAGAGGUCUAAGUUCCGCCCUUAUUUGGGGGAGGACUUUAUCCCAUAAAGAUCCGGGAGGAGGUAGAAAAUAUCUAUACCGCGUUCUCGUCAAAUGAAUACUUGAAGAAAAAAAAAAAAAAGAGCAACUACUGACUAAUCUGUGUCCUCGCCAGCACGUCGGACCAGUUGAAGCCUUGGCUGUGACCUCUCGCCAUCGAAACACUAAGAAACCUUAUUUAUACUUCAGUUUUUUUAUCAGUGGCAGUGCCCACUAUAAAGUUAUUGUUUGUCUUUUUAUACAACGUUAUCGGAAGCAGUGCCUUCCAUAAUUAUGACGGUUAUACCGUCUGAUCUAACGGCAGCAUCUGCUACACAAAUGACUCCUCCUCAACUGUUGCUGACAAAAUGGAGCCCCUGAUAAGGUGAGAUUUGAACCUUUCACAACCUUCUUUCCUUCCAUUUUAUGUGGAGAUCAAUUCCAGUUGAGAUGGUGCACAUCUAUGGCGCUUCACUCGGUCUUCAAAAUGGAUGUAUUUAAAAGCAUAAAAAGGGAGAAAUGAAGGUUGAAGAAAAGUUUUUCCUGAUCUAGUGUCAGUUAGGCUGGUCAAGAGAACUACUUUUUGUUGGACUAAAUAUACAUCGCAACAAAAGAUAUUAUUGUUUUAUGCCACUGGUAUAAUAAUGAUGCAUGUAAACUCUCUCAAAGGGCAACGAAUUUUUGAUUCUUGAGAAUAUUCAGACUUUGGAAUUAGAAUGUGAAACAAAACCAAAAAAAAAAUCCUGAAUAAAGAAAACAGAAAUUAAACCAACUAAAAUAAUAGACAAAACGAUUGCUUGUAACGUAUUUAUUGUGACGGGCCUGGUGUCAGUCAGUCUUUAAAUUUGUUAAAAAAAAAAAAGUCCAGGAGCGUAGAGCAAACUGAUAUUUCUAUUAUAAACCACAAGCCCAGUCUGCUUGAUGGCAGGAUUAAUGCUAAAUGGCAUAAACAAGGAAAAAAAGCUAAAAAAAAAAAAAAAAAUAUCCAGAAAAUUAAGAUAUUAUUAGCACCCCGUUUUUUGCGCUCAUCAACUAAGCUGAUUGGCUCCAUAAUUUGCGAGAAAGCCAUUUAUGUUGCACAGUCUACUUUGGAGAUAAAGUUAUCGGGAGCAGUGCCUUCCAUAAUUAAAACAAAAACCCAUUAUCGGGAGCAGUGCCUUCCAUAAUGACAAGCAGUGAUGGUAGUUUUUACCUACCAGUGUGUGUUUGUGUGUAUGUGUGUGUUAUUUACAUGUGUAUUUAUCGGGAGCAGUGUCUCUCAUAUUUCACUUCUGAAGGGUGGAACAACUUAUCGGGAACAGUGUUUCCCAGAGUUUUAUACUUAUUUAUUUGUUUUUGUGUCUUUAUUUUUGGAUUCUGCUGUGUUUUGUGCGUCUGUGUGUGUAGUCCUCCAGCUCAAAUUUCUGUAUCAUGUUCUGAACUUGAGAAUCAGUUGCAUCUGUCAGGCUCACGCUACAGGAGUUUUGAGACGAUUGAAGCCUGAUUCGUUCCUCCCGACAAUCGGAGGAAGAAAUCUGGUGUGGAUGCUUGGUUGAAGAUUAUCUGGCAUUUAGGGUUCAAAAUCUGGACAGUUGUGUCAGUAUUUUUCAAGAAGGGACCACAAUAGUUGCUAUGAAAGACAUCCCAGGAGAAGCUCACGGUGCAGCUCAGCAACUGUGAACAUCCUAGCACUUUUAGGCUAACAUUAGCUAGCGUUCCACUGUUGACAGAUGAUAAAACUGACAGCUAAAUUCUCCCCUCCACUUCUCGCUGAAUCCAGACUUGUUUCAUCCAGUUUUGCUUUUUCUCACUGCAAGGUGUUAUCGUUGCAACGGCAAGUUGUGGCGUCAGUCUCCAUUUGUUUACAUCUACUUCCCCAAAAGACUGCGUGAAGUGUUACAUUGCUCCCUCGGCAUGAUAACUUUAAUAUUAUCCUGUAGUGUGUGUGAGAUGUGCUAUUAUUUUCAAAUCUUUUAGUGUGUACAGGAUCUGUGACAUGGUUUUAUAAAACUCCUGUCGUGUGAGCCCGAUCUUACACUCCUGUGGCCAGAUGCGUAUAAGUUUUGCAUAGAUUCCUGAUUAAAACUGUGUGUGCGCUCAAAAACAGACAUAUGCAUUGUUUUCCUCACAGCUGUGUUCAUCUGAUUCAGUUUUUACAAAUCUCAAUCAUUUGAUCAACGAUAUCUUCACUCCAAGGUCACGUGUCUCGGCCUAUACUUCAUGUCUACAUUUUAUUCUGAGCGCCAGUUUAUGCUUGAAGGGAAAAGGCAACUGUGUUUUUUCAUAUUCUGCGUACACAUCCUUUAAACAUUCGCCCCCUGGUGUGUCUGGUUGUCACCUUCAAACCUCUCCGGUGUUUCUUUCUGUCAGUGACUCUUAGAAAUACACUCCAGAUGCUUCAGCUUCAUAUAAAACAGCUCCACAAGCCACAACUCUCUGCAUGUAGCAUCGUAUCCCUCUUCACUGCAUGUUACUGUAUUGCUUUACUGAGAUGUAGCAGACUUGAAUCAUGUUACAAAAGUUCAAAUUAGGGUUUCACAAAUGUGUUUUUUUUUUUUUUUUUUAGACUCAAAAUAAAGUUUUUGCUGGUGAGAUUAUAUUUAUUUGACAAUUUUUCUGUCAAAAUAAAUCAGUUCAGUGGUUUUUCACGAUAUUCUCAGACGUCUGAACAUGAAGGAUCAGAAAAAUUAUGUUAAACUGAUAACAAAUUAGUGUAUUUGUGCCCAGAAUACAAUGAAUAUGGAUGCGUACAGAAAGUCUGUCAACCAAAAUUGCAACCAUUCCAUCAUCCAUAUUCUGGAAAUCAUUUGUUUCCUCGUGUCACGUCACAUUUGAUGCUGUUAUAUCCUGUUUUCCUGCAUCUGUCACAAGAAUUCAAAACAAGGAUGCCUGAUCCCGAGAGGGGAAAUGUUUUUUUUCCGCUCACUGUGUAACUGAGAUACUGUUCGGUAUGCCGAGAUGUGGUGUUUGAAGACCUCUUCAGUAUGAUUUCUGUACGUGACAAACAUCUUGGAGUUUUGUUUCUGUGACGUUCAGCUGGAAAAUGUAAUAAACCCUUUUGGCUUAUAGCAUCCAGUAAA